AUGACUUCUAGAUUCAAAUUUGAAGCUGUAUCUCCUUCUUUUCUUCUUGUUCACUUCGCAAGUCGCCGUGGAAUAGCGAAACAAUACACGUCACUGCCCUGCUCAAAUGGCAGUUGUUGGAAAGUUGGCUCGGUUUGUGCCAAGAGGGCCACUGGUUUGGAAUCGCACCCCAUUGACAUCACUAUGCGGCUUCCCGAUCAUUCAACAGGAAUGGCUGAGUUUGGGUCAUUCAAGAAAUAUACCGUCAAAAUCGCCUAG